AUGAGAAGUUUAAGCAAGAUCUUAUUUAGACGUCCUCAACUUUGGGUGUCACGAGUCGCCCCUGCAUUGGGUUAAAAGUCUAUGUUUAAAUACAGUGCGCGUAUAAAUUGUACAAAUUUUUAGAUUCAAACAAUUUCUAAAAUGGCAAGCUCAAAACCAUACCCUUACAGAAUUACAAGGCAAAUUAGAGUGAAAUAGAUUCUAAAGUAGAGCCCACUGACUUCUGCCUUUUCAGUUCGAUUCAACCAAUCUUUCCCAAUAAUCCUAUGAAUUGUCAGAUCAAAAUUGGAAAUUUGAAACGAAUCACUAAACCACUCCUCUACUCAAUUAUUUCCCCUGACAACGGAGAGAUCUUUACUAUAGGCAUAGCUUUAAAUAAAUCUGUGGAGAAGAAUUUAAAUGCCGAAUUAAAAUUUUUAGAAUAAGGAAAAGAAAAUGGAAACCUUUUAAUAAAUGAUCCAAUAAGCAACACAUUUAAUUUAGAUAUAAUAUCAAAACAAGUAUGAGACUAAAAUAUUUAGAAAAAUUAUCGAUUCAAAAUCACCAAGAUAGAAAUGACACCCGAUGGAAUAUUUGCCCAAGGAAUACCAUAUAAAGAUCGACCAUUAACAUAAGCAGAAUAAAUAAUCGAUAUCCAACAUGAAAUUCGAAUGGUGAAUUCACUUGUACAAUAAAUAAGAAAGCUAGCCUAAUAUGAUAGGGUUGAAGUAUUUUCAGAAGUUAAAUAUUCCUUAUUGGAUUCUAGUGAAAAACUCACUCCCAAUUAGGUUGAUGAAUUAGUAUUCUAAAUCGCUGCAGGUCUCUCUAAAUUACUAACCAGCAAUUUGAAAAUGAACACAUCCAAUUUUGUUUAAUAAUUAUUGGAGAGUUAAACUUAUAUUGACAGACUCUUUAUUCUAAGAAAACAAUUAGAGAAUAUGUCAGGAGUACUUGAUCUAGUGAAUAAGCAUUUCAAAGAAGCAGACUCCUCACUAUUGAAAUUGCAUCAAUAAACUUUAGCUAAAUUAGCAACAGAAUACAUUAGAUAAAAUUAUUUGAAGGAUGCCAGUCAAUCUUAAUAAUAUGGAGGAACUGCUGGAACUCAAUAAUUUAGUGGAGAUAAGGUACAUGUUUCUACAAUUAAUUUAAAGUAAUCUUCAUUAGUUAAAAAGUACUACGAUAAAUUAUCAUUAAUUACUGAUGAAUCCUCAAGAGAAAAAGUUAAACGUGAGAUUGAAAGAUUCAGUUUAUUGGACAAAUAGAGUUCAGAAUUUCAUAAAAUUAAUUCUUAUUUGGAUGAAGUUUUUAGCAUUCCAUUUCAUAAGUUUUCUGUAAUUUUAUUUAAUUUAUAUAGCCUGUUCAAUGGGAUAUCCAGUUUGCAAAGGAUGUACUUGAUAAAGAAAUCGAAGGUUUAGAGAAAGUCAAGGAGAGAAUAGUUGAAAUGAUAUCAGUUAAUAAAUUAAAAAACGCAGGUGAAAAGGCCAAGGGAUUUAUCCUUCUGUUAAAUGGUCCCCCAGGAACUGGAAAAACUUCAAUAGCCAAGAGCAUAGCCAAAGCCCUUAAGAGAACUUCAAGAUUCAUUUCUUGUGCUGGAGUUGCAGACCCCACAUUCUUUAAAGGGCAUAAGCGUACUUAUGUAGACUCAAUGCCUGGUGUAUUUAUUAGAGAACUAAUCAAAUCAAAUACUAUGAAUCCUGUAUUCAUACUAGAUGAAUUGGAUAAGGUAUCUAAACAUCACUCUGGUGGUGCCGAUCCUUAUUAUACCUUAUUGGAAAUAUUGAAUCCUGAGGAGAAUCAUAAUUUCACUGAUCAUUACAUGGAUAUCAGUGUAGAUUUUUCACAUGUUAUUUUUAUUCUCACAUCUAAUGAUACACUUUAAAUGUUAGAGCCACUUAAAAACAGAUUAGAAACUAUUGAUAUCUAGGCCUAUAUUCAAGAAGAGAAAUUAUAGAUAGCAACCAAUUUCUUGGUUAAGAAAAGUAUUGAAACUAAUGGAAUCGAAGCUUAAAUGAUUAAAUAUGAUGAAUAGGCUUUGACUAAAAUAAUUAAGGCUUGGUGCUACUAAGAAAGUGGAGUCAGAGAAUUGAAAAGAUGCUUAGAAAAAAUAGCUAGAAAACAUGCUACUAAUAUAUUAGCUGCUAAUCCUAAUCUUUGUGAUAAAGUUGAUGAAUUGAAUCAAAUUGCAUUUGAUCCUACGACUUAAAGUUUAGACUUGACUAAAGAUUAAAACUUAGAAUUGAUAUCUUAAUAUUUAGGUCCACCUGCUUUUGAUAUUCAAUUAGAACAGAGAUCCAUUAAGAAAUUUCCACCAGGACAAGUCAACAUUCUGACAGUAGGUGGAAUGAUUGGACAUGUCUUAACUGUUGAAAGUUGUUUUGAUUUAAGUGAAACAGAAAAGAAAGGAUAAAUCUAAGCUUCGGGAAAUAUCAAAUUAGUUUUAUAAGAGUCUCUUAAACUAGCUAAAAUAAAUGCAUUUAAAUUUUUGAAUGAAGAAUAGAAAAAGAAAUUGUAGAAUUCUGCAAUUCAUAUGCAUUUCACAGAAGGAGCUACUCCAAAGGAUGGACCAUCUGCAGGAACAGCUAUUACAACAGCUUUGCUAAGUUUAGUUAUGAACGUUGUUGUGCCUAGUAACUUAGGAAUGACUGGAGAAAUAUCAUUAAAUGGAUAAGUUUGCAAAAUAGGUAUUGAUGAUGUUAAUUAUAUAGGUGGAUUAUAACAAAAAUUGAUUGCUGCAAAAACCUUAGACAUCGUUGAUAUCAUACUUCCAUAUGCUAACUUAGGAGAUGCAUUAAAUUUACCACAGCAACUUAUCAAAGGUCUAAAUUUAUAUUUUGUUACCGAUUACAGACAGAUUUACGAAUUGAUAUUUGAACAACAGAUAGCUAAUAACAAUUAUACAAUUAAUAAAAUAAAAAAUGGAGUAUUUGAAACUGAUUAAAAUGGAACUAAAGAGCAAAUUUAAUGUACAAUAAAUUAUUGA